GGGUUAUCCCCUGCGUCUCGGGCGUCUCGGGCGAGUCAGGGAGCGCAACGUUGACCUCAACUCUCCUUGCCUCAGCUCUCCUUUGUGAGCCCUUCUCGCCCUCCUUCUCCUGGCUCUAAGCCUCCACGUGGACAAGCUCCAACAAGUUUGCAGACCGCUCAAUUGAGCCGCCCAUUGGGAGGCUAUAAAUAGGCUGGAGAUACCAUGGCCAACGUCAAAGCGCCUGUGGAGGUGGACCCUGGUAAAGAAAAUGUUAGACAUCCGCUCGACAACAUCCUGAAUUUUCGCGAUGUUGGGAAAACGAUCAAUGAUUUCUUAGGAGAGAAACGUGUUGCGGAGGGACGGCUCUAUCGCUCCGCCAGACCUGACGAUGCAACACCGUCUGAUCGUGUCCGGCUACGUGAAGAAUAUAAUAUCAAGACCAUCCUAGAUUUGCGCACAGUGACCGAACAUGAAAACCAAGCAAAGAAACGGGAAGCCCUUGCGGCACCUGUCCAGUCAAACGGUACCCUUGCAGAACCCGUGAAGAUCCCCGGUAUCAAUUACCUUGAGGUCAAUAUCAAUGGGAAGGGGUUUGAGCGCAGUCUCUUGUGGCGGCUGUCGACCUGGAGCUUAGCGAAGUUACUUACGCUGACGGCUUUCGGAUACCGCAUGGAAGCAGUCAGUAUCCUCGGACGAGAAGUCUUGCAACCCCGCGGUCUUAUUGGGCUGGGAUUCGAUUCGAUCGACCACUGCGGGCCCGAAAUCGCCGAAAGUCUCAGAGCAUUCACAUCUCUCCCUAACUAUGGGAUUCUAGUCCACUGUACCCAAGGCAAAGAUCGUACCGGUCUCAUCAUUGCCUUGAUUCUUUUCCUGCUUGAAAUCCCUCUCAGCGCAAUAACAAAUGAUUAUUGCAUGAGCGAAGAAGAACUGCUUCCAGAGAAGGAGAGCAGAAUGGCGGAGAUUCAAUCCAUUGGUCUCACGGAGGAAUUCGCACGUUGUCCCAAGGACUGGGUCGAGAAGAUGGACGAGUAUAUUCGCGAGAGGUAUGGAGGGGUACAAGAAUAUUGCCGCGUGAUCGGAUUCGGGGAUUUGGAGCAGGAGAGCCUGCUGCUAAACUUAACGCAUAAACGAGAUGUCUAGGAGGGGCCUCGUCCGUCAAUGUAUAAAUUCCUGCUCUCUUCAUGAACUGUGCAUUCUCCCGCAUGUAGUGCUGCUGAGCGAGCUCGACAGUUCACAAAACCUUUAUCUAAGGCUCUCGGUGGACUAGCUCUUAAUAUCCCGGGGAUCAAGAAUAAGAUACCAUUACCACAGUUUCAAUACUGAGAAAGUGGAAGUUGAAGAUACAAGUUACCAAAUUAAGUAAUCCAUC